AUGGCAGACUCAGAGCAGGUUAAUGUCCUUCUCUACGGCCUCGGAGCCAUCGGCUCCUUCUACGCCUUCAUCCUGCACCGCUGCGACCGCGUCAAAUUGACCGUCGUCGCGCGCUCGAACUAUGACGCCGUCGUUAAAAAUGUACCUCUCUUCUACUCCACCGCAUUACAGAGAAUCCCCAUUAAUGAAAGCCAGGGCAUCACAAUCGACAGCAAGAACCACGGAAAGCAUACAUUCCGUCCGGACCGCGUCGAUGCGCUCCAGCACCCCCAGAAAGCACGCGCAAACACUGACGUGCGUGCAGUACUCCGCACCCCCUCCGAAUCCUCCUCGCACUACGACUACAUCGUCUGCGCGCACAAAGCCAUCGACCCCCACGGCGCCAUCCUCCCGCUCGACCCAGCGAUCAGCGAGAAAAGCACGAUCGUGAUCCUGCAGAACGGCGUCGGCAACGAGGACCCGUUUCGGGAGAGGUGGGCCGGCGUCACCAUUAUUUCGGGCGUUGUCUGGGUCGGCGCCUCCCAGCCGUCUCCGGGGGUAGUAGUCCACACGGGCUCCGAGCACACAGAGCUCGGGCUGUUCGCGAACGGCACGCUCGAUCGCGCGCUGGAGGAAUCGCGCCUGAACGCGUUCGCGUCCCUUUUAACAGCUGGCGGGACACAUCUCUCUGUAUUUGAGGAUAUCCAGCCGCGGCGCUGGGAAAAGGUCAUUUGGAACGUCGCGUGGAAUGCCAUCACAACGCUCACAGACCAGGACGUGAAUUGCUGGCUGGCGUCGUCGCCCGAUGCGAUCCCCUACACGCGCCGGCUGAUGGGUGAGGUUAUUGCCGUUGCGAGGGCUUGCGGUGUGCAUGUGAAGGAUGGACUGGCGGAUGGUCUUAUUGCCAAGGCACGGGGGCUGGGCGAGCUCAGGACGAGCAUGCAGGCGGAUCGGGAGGCGGGGAGGGAGAUGGAGAUUGAGGUUAUUCUGGGCGUGCCGGUGAAGAGGGGACGGGAAUUGGGGGUUGAUACGCCGUGUCUGGAGGGGCUUUAUGUGUUGCUUAGGGCUGUGAAUGGGCGGAUACAGCGGGCUGAGGGGGGGAAGUAG